GUUUUACAGAGACAAUGGAGUUUCCUUCUAUUACGGAUGUGCUGAGGGAGGAUAUUGUUGUAGAAAAAGAAGAGGAACCGGAGAAAUAUAAUCACUGUUUAUCAGCAGACAACUGAGUACGGAAAUUUUGUAUAAAAGUAUCUGAGUCCUGGUGGUUUGAGACUGUAGUGAUCAUUAUCAUUUUGAUUAACUCUAUUGUUCUUGGUAUUUUUGAUUAUGAAAAUCCUGGCGCUAAUUCAAUCCGAAAUCACAUUGUUAUUUACAGUGAACCAUUAUUUUCAGCUGUGUUUUUGGCAGAAUGUGUUAUCAAAAUUAUAGCACAAGGAUUCGUAAUGGGUCCGGAAACAUAUCUCCGAGAUGGAUGGAACAUAUUAGAUUUUCUGGUUGUAUGAACUAGCAUACUCUCGUUUAUUCCGUCUAUAGAUAACUUAUCAUUCAUCAGAAUGUUCAGGCUUUUUAAGCCAUUAAGAAGUUUUUCUUCAUUUCCUGCUAUGAAAUCAAUCGUUGGAACGAUCUUGGAUUCUUUGUCAAAGUUAGGAGAAAUUACUAUCGUAGCUGUCAUAUUCUUUUAUAUCUUUGCUAUCCUCGGUGUCACUCUUUGGGCUGGAAGCUUACACUAUCGGUGUUAUACUACACCAAAACCUGUAAACGGAGAUUGGAUUUUGUUGGAAAAUUAUACCCGACCAUGUAAUGCACAUCAGUGCCCUGAAGGGUCGUAUUGAGGUUCUCUGGUCAAACAAUAUGAUGAUCACCCUGAAACACUGAAUCUUAAUGGAGAAAGUGUCUACAGAGAUUUGAGAAUAAGGGAGCUACAAUACGGUCAGGUGAAUUUUGAUAAUAUCUUCUCUGCUAUCAUUACUGUUUUCCAGUGCUUAACCUUGGAAGGAUGGAGUGCAAUUAUGUAUAAUUACCAAGACGCCUCUGGUAGCUUUAUAGCAACUAUAUAUUUCAUCGGCUUAGUGUUGAUGUGAGCCAUUUUAUUCAUGAACAUCAUUGUUGCUGUUCUCUUCGAUAACUAUGACGGGGCUGAACAGGAUAAUGAGGAUGAGGAUUUAAAAGAGCUUGAGGAGAAAGCAGAAGAACUUGGACUUCACCCCUCAGUCUCAGAUAUUGUCAUUAAAAACGAUAUCAUAGUUGAUAUCAAAACGAAGGCAGGCAAGUUUAGUGGCUUCCAGACUUACUGAAAAAGUUUAUUAACUUGGAAUAGCAAAUUGAAAUACCCAGGAGGGAAGUACUUCCAGAACAACUUUGUGAAGUUCAUGUAUAGACUAGUGAGUCAUCCUUCAUUCCAGUUGUUCAUCUUCAUUGUUAUUGGGUUCAAUACCGUUACUUUAUGCCUGGAUAUGUAUACUUUGGGUGAUGGGAAAGUCGAAAUCAAAGUUCUAGAGUACUUUAAUUAUGUGUUCAUUGCUAUUUUUACACUAGAACUAGUAGUGAAACUUAUAGGCCUGGGAUUUAAGCUGUUCAUCAUUGAUAAAUUCAAUAUCUUCGAUGCUUUUAUCGUACUAAUUUCAUAUAUUGAGCUCAUAUUUGUUGGAGGAGGUGGAGCUUACACCUCAUUAAGAGCUUUCAGACUAUUUCGUAUUUUCAAAGUAUUCAGAGUGGGAAGGCUACGUAUCCAGAUUGAUUGUAUAACUAAAACUAUUAAGGCCAUUCUGCCAUUCAUAUUGCUGUUAUUAAUUUUCAUGUACAUUUUCACUCUAAUGGGACUGCAAUUCUUUGCUGGUGAAUUAAAGUUUAAUGAAAACGAAGAGCCUGAUCCAAAUGGGACAAGUCCAAGAUACAAUUUUGACAACUUUAAAAAUGCAUUCUUAGUUGUCUUUAUCCUCCUGACUGGUGAGAAUUGGAAUGAGAUGAUGUACGUCACCAUGAGAGCAUUACAUCCAAUUGCUUCUAUAUACUUCUUUAUUGUGAUAGUAAUGGGAAGCAUCAUCAUCCUUCAGCUGUUAGUGGCUAUUCUUCUGAAGAACUUCGACCAAUCCCAUAAGAUUGCGGAGAAAUAGAAGGAUUAUUGACACUAUCGAGAGAAAAAUUGAUGAAGGAGAAAGUGUUAAUGAAGCUGUCCAGUCAGUUCUUAAGAAAAUAGGUCAGAUUAAUAUGGAAACAGGAGAGAUUGAUAUCACCAAAGUAAGGUUUGGCAAAGAGAAGCUCAAGAUCCAGAGUAAGACCCCCAGUCACACUGUUGAGCCCUUGAAGUUACAGAAAAGCUCACCUUCUGGGAAAUUUUAUAGCCCAAAAGGAGAAAUUGAAAGAAGAGACCCUACAAAACAAGAUAACCUUAGUCUUUCGUCAAAACCUAAAAGCCAACCGUUUCUUAAGCAAAGGAGUAUUAUGAAAUGGGAUAAUAUGAAUAAGAAUAAUCAGAACCAACAGAUAUCGUCAUUAAAACUGAAAAAUUUGGUAUCGGCAAAGCUACUAAAGAAAUCAACAGGAAACUUUUCAGAUAACUCAAACUCCAAGAAUAAAAAGGAAGUAACAUUCAGACCAGGCCACCAAAGGACCUCAAGCAAUCGGCCACUCAAAGAAGACUCUGAAGAGUGUUCACCAAAUGACAUCUCACUCAGUUUCUCUGAAGAGGAUGACAGUGAUCAUCUCCAAGUGCCUAAUAGCAGGCCACUUAGCCAAUUUGCAAAUAGUGAAGGAAUGCAAGAGUCCAAGAUUGCUUCUGCGAUUGGAGAAAAGAUUACGAAAUCAACAACCAAAAACCUCAAACAAAUUGUUGAGGAAAAUGAAAGCAGUAGUGAGGAAUGUGAUGAGGAAGAAGACGAAAAGAUGCAAGAGAACCAGCAAAAGAAAAGGGUCAUUAUUCAAGAACCUUCGAAGAAUUUUGACACUCCUCGGCAAGGCUCUGUUAAUGAUAUUUUGAAAGAAGAAUCAAAGCAAGAAAGCUCAAGCCAAAGUGACUUCUUUACAGAAGACAAAGAUGAGCCAAGCAGUAAUAGAAUUUGGGAGUAUAUGAAGCAUUCUUCUUGAUUUACUUUUCACAAAAAUUGGGUAAUUAGAGAGACUCUUCUCGGCUUAGUGACUACUCCUGAAGAUAUUGUUAUAACACAAAAGGCUGAAUUGAAUCCAGAGAAAUAUGGAAUUAAGGAUCUCAAGAGAUCUCAGUCGUUGAUAAACAUGCAAAUCUACCAAGGGAAGAUUAUCACUACCAAGAAUAGGAAGAACAUUUCUAAAAUAUUUGAAUGGUUCAUUAUCGCAAUAAUCUUACUUAGCUGUAUACUGCUAUGUAUAGACACUCCUCUGAACAAUCCUGAUACAGGAUUUUCAACAUUUUUAUCAGUAUGAGACAUACUGUUCAGUUGCAUUUUCAUGAUUGAGGCAUGAAUGAAGAUCAUCGCUUUUGGGUUCUUUAAAAACCAUUUCCAAGGUAUCACUCCUUAUAUUUACAAUCCAUGGAACGUUCUAGACUUCUUCGUUGUGCUCACAUCUAUUUUUGAUAUUUAUUUCUCUUAUGUUGCCAGUGCAGGUUCAGAGAGUGAAAACCUUAAUAGUCUAAAAGCUCUGAGAGCAAUUAGAGCUUUGAGGCCACUCAGAAUGAUUAGUAGGAAUGAAGGUCUUAAGAUAGCUAUCCAAGCUCUUCUUUCAUCACUUCCAGCUAUCGGUAAUGUGGUGAUCAUUUUGCUCUUAUUCUUGCUCAUUUUUGCUAUUCUAGGAGUGAGCUUCUUUAAAGGGUCAUUCUACUCUUGAGAUUUAGGAGAAGGCUCUGAAAAUGAUAGUGUGAAAUACAGAGACCAAUGAACUCAGCAAGGUGGUCGGUGGAAAACCGCAGACAGCAAUUUCGAUAACGUCCUUAUUGCUUCGAUCACCUUAUUUUCUAUAAUGACUUCUGAAGGUUGGAUCGAUGUCAUGAGCAACGGAGUUGAUUCAACUGGAAUUGACAAAGAACCGAAAUACAAGAACAAUGAAUGGGUAAUACUCUAUUUCGUUAUAUUCAUCACCCUAGGAAUGUUCCUUCUCAUUAAUCUCUUUACUGCUGUGAUUACAGACCAAUUCACUAAGAUGAAAGCAUCGAAAGAGAUAGGAGCUGGGGCGAUAUAUUCUUCUGAAUCUUAUAAGCUAUGGGUAGAUGUUCAGAACUUAUGAGUAAAUGCAUCACCAAUCUCAAUCACUACUGCUCCAUUAAAUGCGACCAGAAGGUAUUUCUACAAGAUAUGAACAAGCACUUGGUUUGACCUGGUAGUUAUCUUAUGCAUCGUGGUUAAUACUUUGGUACUAGCUAUGACUUAUGCAAGAAUGAGUGAUACAUACGCUCUUACUAUAAGUAUCUGUAAUUACUUUUUCCUUGUGUUGUACAACAUUGAAUUCACUAUCAAGGUAAUUGGACUCGGAAAACAAUAUUUUACUAGAGACCCAUGGAACAUGUUUGACUUUAUUUGCUUAGUUGGAUCAGACCUAUCCGUUCCUCUUAGUUUUCUCAAUUUCUCAGGAAUUCAGAGCAUCUUUAUCUUCCUGAGAGCUUUCAGAAUCUUAAGAUUACUGAGAUUUAUUCACCAAUAUAAUGGAGCUAGUACGAUAUUGACAUUUGUUCAUGCAGCUAGCCAGAUUCAGAAUGUGCUGACAUUGGUUGCUUUAAUACUUUUUAUAUAUGCAGCUCUUGGCAUCAAUCUGUUUGGGACUGUCAUGUAUAGAGAUUACUAUACUGAUCAAAACAACUUUAGGGAUAUUGUUCAAGCUCUUAUGCUUCUGUUGAGAUGACUUACAGGAGAAGACUGGAUUUAUAUCAUGCAUGACUUGGCAAGUUCUGACCCAUACGAAGGUCAAGAGUGCUCUGCAAAUCAAUCUUAUGAAGAGCUUCAGAGAGAUGGAAUUCAUGGUUGUGGAUCAAUGGCUGCAUAUCCAUUCUUCAUAUCUUUCUACAUCAUUAACUCAAUUGUUAUUUUAGAUCUGUCUAUUGGAGUGUUUAUUGAUGCUUUACAGGAAGCGAGAAAGUAUAACAAGAUUUUAUUCGGAACACAGCAGCUGGAAGAAUUUAAAGAACUCUGGUCAGAUUACGACCCUAACGGGACUGGAUGGAUAACGGUUACCCAGAUGCUCAUGGUAAUUUUUGAGCUUCCCUAUCCAUCUGGAAUGGGUAAGCAUAACCCAGAAUACAGCAAUAAAUAUCAUUAUGAUUAUGUACACAAGAAGAUGAAACAAGAAAACAUGUACUUGCUCUAUUCUUUAAAUAAGCAUAAGGAUCAUGAGUUCUUCAGAAAGGAUGAAAUAAAGAAGAAAUUCAUAGAUGGAAGCUUAUACUACGUGAAUGAGUCCAAAGGCUUUGCUAUUAAAGACAUGAGGGCAUUAAUCAUACUGAAUAAUUAUAAAGUACCUGUUUACGAAGAGAAGCUUGUCCACUUCAGAGAUGUCCUACAACAAGUUAUUAAAAAUGCAUUUGACUCUAUUGGGGAGGACUACUUGCCUGAUUUUAACAUCCAACAGAAAUUUAAGAAGAAAUGGAGAAUAAAGACAAAUAAAAAGAUUUUAACAGAUGAGACGGAUCUCUUCUUAUCAGGAAGUAUCUUCCUUGACCGUUACAGAAAAUUCAGAGCCAAGGCUGAUGAUGAUUGCAAUGACUCACUUAAUAUUGAGGAAAUGGAGUAUUAUGAAGAUCUAAGAUUCAGAUUUGAGAAUUUCCAUGAUGAAAGAUAUUACAAAAAGUUCCAUUCACGAAAUCCUUUUUAUAAGGACCAGAGCAAAGACUCUGUCACAGAAAAUAAUCCAAAUCUUAAAGAAAUAAUUUAUGGCACUGAUUACAGAAAUCCCUUUAAAGAUUCAAUCUCAAGUGAAAGCGAGCAUAUUGGAGAAUUUUUUAGAGAAGGCAGGCAUCCUAUUUAAUACUUAGAUUUCAACCUGUCGAGAGGAAAUAUGAACCUCAUAAAAGAUCUUAAGAAGAAAGACCAUGACUCCUGAGAUUCCUCCGUUAAUAUAGACAUUUAUCCUGACAAAGAAUUUCCAGAGGUUUCAGAGAGUUUAAACAAGCUAGGUAGUGAGAAACCCCCUGAAUCAGUAUUCUCGAUGAUGGUCAAGGAAGAGAAGAAAAUGAAGAGAAGGAAAUAUUCAGAAUAGUUCCAUUUUGGAUAAUAAUCAUU